GAGACAGAGUUGUCCCUGUGGCCGCCAUUAAAGAAAGGAAUCCAUGAAUUCAAUUGGAACCAGCAGGAACAGUGUCUCAAUAGCAAUGGUCAAACUGACCUGGGAAAUAUAGUCAUACUAUUGUUUUAGGUAGAUUUUUAAAGAUAUGUUUUAAAAAUUAUUUCUUGCUUGGCGACGAUAGAGGAAUAGGAGUACAUUUUUUAAAGCCAGAGGGUAUUUUAAGCAAAGAGGAGGGGGAUAGUUGUUUCUUUGCUUUCCUUUUUGUUUUAAGAGCGUUCUCGCUUCUUUCAGAUUUUAACUUAUCGACACGUUUGGAUAGUUUUGCGAUGCGGAGGUUGUGGUGUUUUUCAUUUUCUCUCAGCUGAAAUAUUUGCUGAAGAGAACGAGAAAAUCUAGGGGGUGUUGAACUGGCUAGCUUUAUAGCUAGCUGGCUAGCUAGCUGGCUUGCUUGCUUGCUUAGCUAGCUUACAUUCCCCAACCGAUUGGAUUGUGUAGACUUUUUCAUCAGCUUAUUCCACCAUAGAAUAUUACUGCUUAUAAUUAUUCUUACUUUAUUGGGAACUGGAAUGAUGGAUCGUUCGUUCACACAUUGAAAGUAUGAGUUCUUGCUUUGUACCAAACGGGGCCAGCCUGGAGGACUGCCAUUCCAACCUUUUCUGCCUGGCUGACCUGACGGGGAUAAAAUGGAAGCGCUUCGUGUGGCAGGGCCCCUCCUCGGCCCCCAUCCUGUUCCCGGUGACGGAGGAGGACCCCAUCCUCUGCAGCUUCAGCCGCUGCCUCAAGUCGGACGUGCUGAGCGUGUGGCGGCGGCACCAGACGCCGGGCCGGCGCGAGCUCUGGCUCUUCUGGUGGGGGGACGAGCCCAACUUCGCCGAGCUCAUCCACCAUGAGCUCAUAGGGGAAGAUGACGGCGUGUGGGAGGGCGGCCUGACGUACGAGUGCCGCACACUGCUCUUUAAGGCCAUUCACAACCUGCUGGAGCGCUGCCUCAUGAGCCGCGGAUUCGCCCGCAUCGGGAAGUGGUUCGUCCGGCCCUACGACAAGGACGAGAAGCCCGUCAACAAGAGUGAGCAUCUGUCCUGCUCCUUCACCUUCUUCCUGCACGGCGACAGCAACGUGUGCACCAGCGUGGAGAUCAGCCAGCACCAGCCCGUCCACCGGCUGAGCCAGCAGCACCUGGGCACGGCCCAGCAGUCCAACAGCCCCUUCCAAGUGAUCCUUAGCCCGUUCGGCCUCAACGGCACCAUGACGGGCCAGUCCUUCAAGAUGUCUGACCGCCCCACGCAAAAGCUGAUAGAGGAGUGGAAGCAGUUCUACCCCAUCAACCCCAGUGCCAGGGACAGCCCUGAGGACAAGAUGGAUGACUGUGACUGGGAGGACGACUCCCUGGCUGCCGUGGAGGUCCUCGUCGCGGGCGUGCGCAUGGUGUACCCGUCCUGCCUGGUGCUCGUCCCGCAGUCAGAUCUCCUGCCCGUCACCCCCCUGGGCCCCUCCCACUGCACGCCAGUCUACCCCAACAGCCAGCAGCUGCACACCUCCCAUCGAGACCCAGCCAUCUCGUCCAUCACUCUGACUCCGCCCACUUCACCUGAGGAGUCCCAGACAGACUCUCAGUGCACGCAGAAGUGGAUGAAGAUCUCCUCCAUGACGGACAGCUUCAGCACGGACACCACCGGUCACCAUGGCGACAGGGUCCCCCGCAGACUGGCCUGCCAGGCAGUGGAGAGGGUGUGGCAGGAGUGCAGCCUCAACAGAGCCCAGAACAAGAGGAAAUAUGCAGCGGUUGCUAACGGAAGCUGUGAGGAGGCGGUGCCGGGCAGAGUGGGUUGCUGGGACUUUGUGGAGCCUGCCCGGAGGUCAAACUGCAACUGCUCAAGGCACAAGGCCCUGAAACAGCGGUCGGGCAGUACCCCAGGGCACCCCCAGUCUACGGGCGCGCUCCCCCCUUCGGUUCCAAAGCACAAGAUGGCGGAGAAGCCGGAGAAGGGCGAGAAGCUGGCCAAGAGGCCGCAGACGGCGUUCCACCACCGCAGCCCCCUGUGUGAGGACGUGUCCCUGGAGCCCGAGACCAGCCCGCCCCAGAUGGGCCUCCGGCCACAGGACCACGCCCGCUUCCCCACCACCAAGAACCCCCCUCCCCAAACGCCUGGCUCGCCCCAGCCGCCCCCGCUCAGUCCCCACCCCUGCGAGCGCGGCGAUGAGGGGGCGGAGCCUGCCAAGAGCACCGCCGCCCCCCGCGGCCAGCCCUUCUACCAGACCGCCUCCUCCGAGCCCUGCCCCGCCCCCCACAGGGGCCCCGAGGACCCGGGCCUGGACCCUCUUUCUCAGCCCUUGAUCCUGCCCUACCCCGAGUCCCCAGGGCCCUCCGUGUACGCGGGGCUCGCCGCUAACCCCGAGGACGCCGCCUGCGCCCCCUGGAGGUUCUUCAGCCUGCCGCGGCGCAAAGACGGCCACCUUCCCACGCCCCUGCUGCGGGACGACCCGAGCGCCGGGCCGGGGAGCCAGGACAGCGUGCUGUCCGUCACUGAGGUGAUGUCCACCAUCCGGAAGCCUCUGAAGGUGUCUGAGGAGCGGGUGCGGAUGUACGCCCAGCGCAGGAACCUCUACCUGUCGGCCGCCUUCUCCGACGCCGCCGGCGGCCGCCAGCCCGAGUCCGACCCCUACGCCUUCGUGGACGGCGACGUGGAGUUCACCUUCCGAGACAAGAAGGACAAGCAGGGCGGGGACUGGGAGGCGGGCAAAAAGCACAAGGGGGAUGACAGCUGCUCAGAUGACACCCAGAAUUCGACGGCCAACAACCUCAACACCUCCGGCAGCCUCAUGCAUGAGAACGACCUGGCUGUCUCCUUCAAGGACCUGGACAACCUCUUCAACUCAGACGAGGACGAGCUGACGCCUGGGUCCAGACGCGCGGUCAGCGGAGCUGAGGAGAAGCUGUGCAGUAAGGAAGCGAAGCUGGACCCGCUGUCCUGCAUCAGCUCGGCGGACCUCCACCAGAUGUUCCCCACGCCGCCCUCGCUGGAGCAGCACAUGAUGGGCUUCUCCCCGAUGAACGCGAGCAGCAAGGAGGGCAGCGUGCUGGACGUGGGCCCCGGCACCACGCUGCUGGACGGCCUUUCCCUGGCCGGGCACUUCAGGAUCGAGGUGGAGGAGGGCUACUGCAGCCCCAGGCCCUCCGAAAUCAAGGACCUGUCGUUCGUGUACAAGCUGGAGACGUGCCAGGCGCUGGUGGGCUGCUCCAGGUUCGCCCCCCUGAAGAUGCUGCCCAGCCAGUGCCUGCCCCCCAUCAAGCUGCCCAAAGAGUGCCGGUACCAGCCCAGCUGGACCCUGGGCAAGCUGGAGCUGCUGCACCCCCUGCCCCCGUUCCACUUCCUCAGCAAGGACAGUAACAUCCCGAGUGUGGGCAGUGUGAUGGAUCAGGACUACACGUACACCCCUCAGACCCACACCCCCUUCAUGUGCAACAGCGCCCCCUCCAGCAACAGCGGGCCGGGCAUCCUGCCCUCCCCGGCCACGCCCCGCUUCUCUGCGCCCACCCCGCGGACCCCGCGCACGCCCCGGGGCCCCUCCAGCGCGCAGGGCUCCGUGAAGCACGAGAACUCGGACCUGUACUCGCCCGCCUCCACCCCCUCCACCUGCCGGCCCCUGGACUCGGUGGAGCCGGCGACCGUGGCCCCCGUCCCGGAGGCGCACAGCCUGUACGUCAACCUCAUCCUGUCCGAGUCGGUCCUGAACCUGUUCAGGGACUGCAGCUUCGACAGCUGCUGCGUGUGCGUCUGCAACAUGAACAUCAAGGGCGCCGACGUGGGCGUCUACGUCAGCGACCCCAGCGGCGAGACGCAGUACUCCUGCACCUGCGGCUUCAGCGCCGUGGUCAACCGCCGCUACGGCAACGGCUCGGGCCUCUUCCUGGAGGACGAGCUGGACGUGGUGGGGCGGGGCUCGGACGCGGGCCGGGAGGCGGAGAGGCGCUUCGAGGCCCGGCGGCAGGCCGCGCUCCACCGGGCCGGCGUCCCCCACGAGCUGGUCCUCCUGCUGCAGGACCAGUGCACCAGCCCCUUCCCCCCCGCGUGGGGCCUGGAGCCCCCGGCCCCCGCGCCGGCCCCGCCCUGCGCGCGCCUGGAGGAGAGGGACCGCCACAGCGACUGCUACCUGGCCCUGGAGCACGGGCGCCAGUUCAUGGACAACAUGUCCGGGGGCAAGGUGGACGAGCUGCUGGUGCGGAGCAGCGGCCUGCACCCCUGGGCCACGAGCAGUGCAGUGGACAUGAGCACGCUCUUCUCUCAGGACGUCCUGCGCAUGCUGCUCUCCUUGCAGCCGGUUCUACAGGAUGCCAUCCAGAAGAAGAGGACGGUGCGCUCGUGGGGCGUGCAGGGACCCCUCACCUGGCAGCAGUUCCAUAAGAUGGCAGGAAGGGGCUCCUACGGUACGUAUGCUCUCUGCCCUUCGGCUAGAGGGCACGUGGCGUCUCUGUGGUGUCCGAGGAUCGAGCCCGCUCACGGCCGACCUUUUAGGGACCUGGCCGCCAUGUAUGAGCACAGACUCCCUGUGAGCGACUGGCUCCUGAGGGCGGCCGGCGACGGCAGCGACGCCCUGGCCAAGCUCAAGCUCUACGCCCAAGUCCUCCGCCACCACCUGGCCCCGUACCUUGCUACACAGUCAUUGGACAGCUCUUUGCUCAGUCAGUCCAACCCCUCCACCGCCUCCAGCCAGUCGCCAUCCGCGCAGCCGCCAAGCUCCGCCUCCUCGGCGGGGUCUCAGUGCACUGCGACCUCUGGAGGCUCCGCCCAUUCAGUAAGCGCCGACGGCAGCGUCGCCGCCCCGCUGGCCAAUGGCAGCGGCCCUCCCUCGUCCUCCCUGCCCCCCGCGGGCGGCUCCUUCGCCCCGUACGGAAGCGCGGGCAGCAGUGCCCAGAGUGGCCCGCCCGGGCAGACCCCGGCGCCCACGGAACCUCCUGAGAGCACGAUGGAGCGAGAGAAGGUGGGCGUGCCCACGGACGGCGACUCCCACGCCGUGGCCUACCCCCCCGCCAUCGUGCUGUACCUGGUGGACCCCUUCUCCUACGAGGAGGCAGAGGGCGCAGGGGCCUCCAGCGUGUGGACGCUGGGCCUACUGCGCUGCUACGUGGAGAUGCUGCAGCUUCUGCCCCCGCACAUCAGGAACGCCGUGUGUGUGCAGAUAAUUCCGUGCCAGUAUCUGCUGCAGCCCGUGCGGAGCGAGGAGCGCCACGUCUACGCCCAGCACCUCAAGUCCCUGGCCUUCUCCGUCUUCUCCCAGUGCCGACGGCCUCUGCCCACCUCCACCAACGUCAAAACGCUGACGGGCUUCGGCCCAGGCCUGGCGCUCGACAGCGCCCUCCGGAGUCCGGAGAGGCCCGAGAGUCUGCGCCUCUACACGCCGCCCUUCAUCCUGGCGCCCGUCAAGGACAAGCAGACGGAGCUGGGCGAGACCUUCGGCGAGGCCUCCCAGAAGUACAACGUGCUCUUCGUGGGCUACUGCCUGUCCCACGACCAGCGGUGGCUCCUGGCCACCUGCACCGACCUGUACGGAGAGCUCCUGGAGACCUGCAUCAUCAGCAUCGACGUGCCCAACAGGGCCCGGAGGAAAAAGGGCUCUGCCAGGAGGCUGGGCCUUCAGAAGCUGUGGGAAUGGUGUCUGGGGCUGGUGCAGAUGACAUCACUGCCCUGGAGGGUGGUGAUUGGCCGUCUGGGUAGGAUGGGCCACGGAGAGUUGAGAGACUGGAGUGUUCUGCUCAGCAGGCGGAGUCUCCAGUCCCUCAGCAAGCGUCUGAAGGAGAUGUGCAAAACGUGCGCCAUCUCUGCCGCCGACACUCCCAGCAUCCUCAGCACCUGCCUGGUUGCCAUGGAGCCACAGGGCUCCUUUGUCAUCAUGCCAGACUCGGUGUCCACGGGCUCGGUGUUCGGCCGCAGCACCACGCUCAACAUGCAGACGUCGCAGCUGAGCACGCCGCAGGACACGUCCUGCACGCACAUCCUGGUGUUCCCCACCUCCGCCGCCGUUCAGGUCAACAGCUCCAACUACACCAGCGAGAACAUCGACAUCACCUUCAACCACAUCAACGAUGGCACGGACGGGAUGGGCAUCUUCGAACUGCUGGAGGAGUACGAGAACGACCUGGACCCUGACAUCAUCAACAUCCUGCCAAACUCGCCAACCGCGUCCCCCGGGCACUCUCCAGGCUCACACUACCAUCACGGUGGAGAUGGCAGCAAGGGCCAGAGUACGGAUCGGAUGGAGUCUCACGAGGAAGCGCCCAACCUGCUGCAGCAGCCCAUGGCUCUGGGCUACUUCGUUUCUACGGCUAAAGCUGGGCCGUUGCCAGACUGGUUUUGGUCAGCCUGUCCACAGGCGCGGAAUCAGUGCCCACUCUUCCUGAAGGCCUCUCUACACCUGCACGUGUCCACCGUACAAUCGGACGAGCUCCUGCACAGUAAACACUCCCACCCCCUGGACUCCAACCACACCUCAGACGUGCUCAGAUUUGUGCUGGAGCAGUACAACGCCCUCUCCUGGCUGACCUGCGACCCUGCCACACAGGACCGGCGUUCCUGCCUGCCCGUCCACUUUGUGGUGCUGACUCAGAUGCACAACUUCAUCAUGAACAUGCUGUAGCAGACAGGAAGCAGGGCUGCGCGGUAGCCUGGAGGAGGAAGUGGAGUGUGACUCAGAUAUGCACAGCGCUGAACUUCAGGGCUCCCCACAGCCAGCAGAGCCAGCGCUCACUGGCAGCACUGCCUCCUUCUGUCCCGGAUCUGCCCGGGAGGGCUCCAGAACGGGCUGGAACGUUCUAGAAUGUCACACACGGUGGAACGGAGGAGUGAAGCCAGUCGGAGCUGACCCCUGACCCCUGAGUCCGGGUCAAGCAUCCGUGUGAAGUACCGAAAGAGACCGCACGCUCAGAAUCUGAAUCUGUCUUUGUUUAUAUAUAUAUAUUUUUAAAAAAAGGCUGAUUUCUUUCUUCCGGUAUGAAAUUGUGUCCAAAUUAAAUGCCUGCAUCUUAUUUAUUCUAAGUUUUUAAAUGUAUAAUUUGUCUUAUUUCUUAAAUGCAUAAAUAUAUAUACUUUGGAAGGUUUGCAUUGCCUUUCUGCUUAAAAGAUUGUUUAAAUAUAUAUAUAUAUAUAUAUAUAUAUGUGUGUGUGUAUAUAUAUAUAUAUCAAAUCAUCUUUAAACUGAAUCUGAAAAGAAACACAAAAACGUAAUAUGAAUUUGCCGUAGGCUGCUUUUAGAGCAUUAUUUUUUGUAUAGUGCUGAUGUACAGAUGGGAUAGGUGCAUUUAAUGGCUGUGCCGUUUGGGGCGGAGCCAGGGGACAGCUCAGCUGUGUCUGCUGAGGACUUGUACAGCAAUGAAUAUCACUGUGUUUAAUAAGAGCUGCAGUGUCAUAUAGUAUUUUAUACCACUCAUUUAGACACAAAACAAAGUGUAAAUGUGUAUAUAUUUAUAAUAAACGCUCACACACACACAAACACAUGAAUCCUUAGCUCUGGUCCUGAAGAGUCAUAGUGAAAUCAGCUAUUUAAGAUGCAGGAAAGUUGAGGUUACUGUGUAAUCAACUGUUUUUAAUCUAUAAAUUAAUAACUUAACAAAAAAAAACCUGCAGACCUUGUGGCUCUCUGGGAGCAGGGCUGGGAACCACUGAUGUAGGCUUGGAUUUUUGCAGUUUUCAAACCAUCAGUGGCACAGAUACAUUCAUUAAUUUAUUAUUCUAAUUCAUAUUUUUUGUCUAAAAAUAAAAAUAAUAGUUUUUUGUUAUAUUAAUGUUAACAUUCUUGCAAUCAGUAAUGUUGGCAUUCGCCGCUUCAAAGUGCAAAGCAAUGCAGGUUUAAUGGUGCAAGGCUGUUUUGAGUGACAGUCCUCUCUGUCCUAUCCAGUUGACGUGUCAUAAUUGGUCCCACCCACAACUGCCUUCAAGGAGCUUCUUUACAAUUCCGGUUUCAGUCAUUUCAAAGUAAGAAGGUCAGACCUUUUAGUGUGUAGUGCUCUUAAAGGUGCUGAUAGAUAAAUGUGCUUUUUUUUGGCACAAUCUAAACUAGUACAAAUUCUGGGCUCAUUAAUAAUCAGUGUUUUUACAGUAUGUUGGCCAUUGAUGGGUUUUAAAAUUGGAUGCAUACUUGCUUUUUUCCCAACUUUGUCAUAUAUGUAUAUGUAUAAAAUGUGUGUACACACAUUGCGCAUAUAUGUAUAAAUUAUAAUAUAUAAAAUAUGUGUGGUGUGCCACUAGGGGUGGUACAGCUACAGUUUUAGGAAUAAAGUGUGUGGAUUCAG